UUUGUAUAUAUACGCUCUUCUCGCCUUCGUUCCGGUUCCCGAUUGGCUCUCAAUUUCUUAUCCAGGCAAGGCGGCUAUGGCAGAAACGCUUCCUCCCCACGGUAAUGGCUUCAAGGAGACGGCGGUGCACGAGCAGACUGACCUUUCCCAUGGAGGCAAGGUUGAGGUGAUGGACGUUUCCGAUCUCCCUCCCUUUGGUGAUGGCCGCCUCAAGACCAUGACGCCCGAGCAGGAAGAGCUUUACCGCAGACAAGUCGCCGAAAGCGAUGGUUUCGAGGUUGGUGAUUUUGGGGAUGUUGUGGACUUCAUGAUUCGACCUCUGCCGGUAGAUGAUGAACUGAGGGGCAGAGAUCACUACAUUAUCACCUUGGAUAAAGUUGUUGAGAACUACAACUCUAACAGCAUCAAUGCCACAAAAAUAUGCGAUCCCUAUAUUCUGAAGUUAAAUAUCGACAUUGGAGGAGGUCCUAUGCUUUAUAUUACUUUCUCGGCCCGUGAUAUUGUCGAUGACAAUGCUGCCGGCGAUGCUGCUGAGCCGAAAGUUUAUCGAGCGAAGGUGCUGACGAUAUUUCCAGUUCAUAAAUCUGUUGUCUUCUUCUGCAGGUUCAAAGAAACAUUGUCAGAAUGGGAGAGCAGAACCCGUGGAAAGGCACCUUCUGAAGCCUCCUGCUGAUCAUUGAAGAAGAUUGGGUGGGAAUGCCCCCAUAAUGAACUUUGUUUUCGUCUAGCUCGGUUUUGUAGAACUUCAGUUGCUGGUGCACUAAUUAGUUGGCUUUGUAGGCCUUUGGUUUGCCGGUGAACUAAUAAAGUAGACGUAUGUGUUGCACCGUUGUUGAUAUAAUUCGUUUUUAGGUUGGCUGGAAUUGUGUUGUGAGGGAGGAUGGAUAGAGAGCGUCGUCUACUUGUUCCUUCAUGAUGUUUACGUAUCUUUUCACAUGAAUUUCUAGCUCCAAGUUGGGCCUGCGUGCUUAUGAACGAUUAGAAAGAUUCUGAUA